AAGUAAAAUUGUGGAUCAAUUGAUUUCCAAAAAUGAUUUAAAAUGGAUUCCUUAUGAUAAAUUUGAAAAUAUUGAAUAUCUUGAUAAAGGAGGAUUUGGUACUAUAUAUAAAGCUAAAUUUAGUAAUAUUGAAGUAAUUUUUAAAUAUUUUGAUUAUCUUAAUAAUUCAGAUGAAAGUUUAAAUGAAUUUUUAAAUGAAAUUCAAAUGAAAUUAUUAGAAUAUAUGGAUUUACAAAGGAUCCAGACACUUUGAAUUAUGUAUUAAUAAUGGAGUAUACAAAUAAGAAUAGUUUAAAAAGAUGUUUAACAGAAAUAACAAAAAAUUGGAAACAAAAAUUAUUUUGUUUAUAUCAAAUUAUUAAGGGUCUUUAUAUUAUUCAUGAAAAAGAUCUUAUUCAUUAUAACAUUCAUAAUGGUAAUAUUUUAUGUAACGAAUAUGAAGGAAAUAUAUAUGGGAUUUUUAUUAGUGAUUAUUUAGGAUUAUAUCAACUUGCAAAAUCUUUUUUAAAAGAAAAUGAUAUCUAUGGAGUUCUACCAUUCAUAGCACCUGAAAUUUUAAGAGGUCAACCUUACACUCAAGCUAGUGAUAUAUAUAGUUUUUCUAUAAUUAUGUGGGAAUUUACAUCUAAAAUAUCACCAUUUAAUGAUAAAGCACAUGAUCUUCAACUUGCUUUAAGUAUUUGUAAAGGUGAACGUCCUAAAAUUAUUGAAAAUACUCCACAAUUUUAUGUAGAUUUAAUGAAAAAAUGCUGGGAUGAAGAUCCAUUAAAAAGACCAUCUUCUAAAGAAGUUUUAGAUAUUAUUAAAAAUUGGAUUUUUUAUCCUCGGGAUAAGAAAAUUGAAGAUAUUAAUGAAGAAUUAAAAAGCAAUAUUAUGGAAUUUAUAAAUGCACCAAUUGAG